AUGUUAUCCAUUGAACAAAGAUAUAAUAUUUGUUUGAUUUCAGAAAAAUAUCCAAAUUGGACUCAGACACAACUUGCCCAGUGGGCAUAUGAAACUUUGCAUUUGAGUAAAGUGCCUUCUCAAGGUGCCAUCUCAAGAAUGCUAGCGAAAAAAGAAGUAUACAUGAACUCGAAAGAACAUGAGAAAUCUGCAAUUAGAAUCAGAAAUCCAAUAAAUGUCCUGGUACGACGUGUACUUCAAGAAUGGAUUUCACAAAGUUGUUGGAACGGUUUACCUAUUACUUUGCCAAUUUUACAAGAAACAGCCAAGAGUAUCUGGAAUAAAUUACCCGAUGAACAUAGAGAAGGUGAUGGUUCGUUUUCUGCCAAAUGGAUAAUAAAUUGUAUUUCAAGAAUGGGUCUAGAUAUAAACAUAUUAUGUGACGGUAAAUUAAAGACUCCUAAAGUCUGGAAUUUCGAAGAAAGGCAUGAGCUGAAAAAAAUGUUGAUUGAUAAGGAAUUAAAUUCAAAUAAUAUUUUUACUGUUGAUGAAACAUUACUUGCAUAUGAUUUACCAUUAGAUUAUUCGCAAUACGAUAAACUGGACGGUAAUUCAACUGAUAUCGAUGUCGCUACUGUAAUGUUAUGUUCGAAUCUAGAUGGUUCGGAAAAAUUAAACCCAUUAGUUGUCGGAAAGUAUGAUAGUUAUACGAGUUUUAGAAAUUAUUUCCCUGAUCAACCAACUGACCGGAUCUCAGAAGCUUUGUUGGGACAAAAAAUGGCUUUAAGAUUUGAUUUAUCAUAUCAUAGCAAUAGAAAAGCGUCAUUGACAUCAUCUUUGUUUCAUGAUUGGUUAGUGAGUUGGGAUAAAAGAUUAGUAGCUAAUAACAGAAAAAUCGUAAUUAUAUUAGAUGAUUCUUCAUCUCAUAGGGUUGUUAAUUUGAAAUUAAAAAAUAUAGAGUUAUUUUUUGCAUCUUCAAACUCCAAGUUUUUGCCAUUCAACUGGGGUGUAAUGGAUGAAUUCAAAACGCGAUACAGAAUAAAACAAUACCAAGCAUUAAUAGAGUUACAAUCAAAAAUUAUUAACCAAAAUAACUUAAAUAAUAAUACAGACGAAGAUAAUGGUAAUAUGAAUGAUGAUAAUAUUUUACAAAAACUUAUGAGCCCUGCACAAAGUAAACUAACAAUGUCAAAUGCCUUUAAAUUUAUCAGAGAAUCCUGGAAUGAAAUUGAUUGUGAUGCUAUCAAAUCAAGUUGGAGAAGUUCUGGUUUAAUUCCAUCAGAUAUAAAUAUUAAAAUCGAAGACCGUGCUACUACAUACAAGAAGAAUAUUAAUUUAUCAAACGAAAUUGAGUUCUUAUGCAAUAAGUACCAAUGUGAAAGAAAAUGGGAUCAUGAUUUAUUAUUGAAUUUAAAUAUCGAAUCUAAAACGUCGACAUUCUUGAGUAUUGAAGAAUUAGUGGAUUGUUCAAUUAUUGAGAAAACUGAAAUAAACCCAGUUGGAGUAGUACCACAAAACACACCUACAAAUUUUUCUUACUCACCAAAUGCACAAGUAACUACUUCCAAUAUGAACAAUACUUUGAGCAUUAAUAAUACUGGAGACAAUAAUAGUUUAUCUCCCACAGCUGUAGAAAAAGCUUAUAAGGUCACCAAAGGAUAUAAUAGACAAAAUAAGACAACAUAUGACAAACCCAACACAUACUCUUCGAAUCUUACAACUAAUAGGGGAACCUUUAAUCAAACAACUCAAAAUUCAAAUUACGCUGUGGAUUUAGAUGCCUUAUUAAAUCCUAAUACCUAUUCUUUCCUCAAAGGAAAUAAUAUCAAUAUAAGUAACUUUAUUGAUAGACCGACAAUGUUUACCGAUAACAAUAUUGAUGAUAUGAUAAUUCCAAAUGAUAUUGAAAAUGAUAAAAUUUCAGAUUAUUUAAACGAUAUUAUCGAAUCGAAAUUCCAAAUCUCAACUCCUGAAUCUGCUAAUACAAAUGUUGAGAGUACUUCAGUAAAUAACCUUGCAUCAGACGAAGGUAAAAUCUUUCCAAUCUUUGGGAUUCCAGAUUCGGGAAGAAUUCCUCCACAAAUUCCUGAACAAAAACCAUAUAUUCCUCCUAAAGAAAUCCCCCAGUUGAACUUCGGUUGGGAACAGGAUGAUGAGUCCAUAUCAAAGAACUCAUUAUUAACUAAUAUUGAUAUCGCAAAAUCUUUAGGGAGUAUUCUAAAAAAUGUAUUAGCUAAUGAAUUGUCUUUAUCUCCAUCCACCAUGUUUGAGCUUAAAAGUCGAUAUGAGUCCGUUCUUAAGGUUGUCAAAAGUAAUAGCACAUCAACGAACUUGAAAGUAAAUGAUGAAGCAAAAACAGGAUCUCACGUUUAUAAUCCAAAUCCUCCGAAUCAAGCUGAGGUAUCUUCGAAGGGCAGAACUGGUAAUAGUAACCAACCAACUUUUAAUCAAGAACCAGAUACAUCAAAUCCCUCUAUAAAUUUCGGAUUUUAA